CGUUGUGAGGUGAGGUUGUUAGCAGAAGUGCCAGAACCAUGGCAAGUUACGACGAGGUUGGAGUUGGUGAUUCCGUACUACUUAAUGAAAUUUCAACGCCUGCCUUCGUGGAAAACAUAAGAAUAAGGUUCAACAAUGGCCGUAUUUACACCUACAUCGGUGAAGUGUGCGUGUCCGUCAACCCCUACACGACAGUCAAACUCUACGGCAACGACUACGUACAACAAUACAAAGGCCGCGAGAUCUUCGAGAGGCCUCCACACAUUUUUGCAAUUGCGGAUGCAUCUUACAAAGCAAUGAAAAGACGCGGACGCGACAGUUGCAUCGUCAUAUCAGGAGAGUCUGGCUCCGGCAAAACCGAGGCCUCGAAGAUCAUCAUGAGAUACAUCGCUGCGGUCACCAACGUCGCCGGCCAGUCCGAGAUUGAGCGCGUGAAGGAUGUGCUCCUGCAAUCCAACGCCGUUUUGGAAGCCUUCGGCAACGCCAAGACAAACCGCAAUGACAACUCGUCCCGCUUCGGCAAGUACAUGGACAUUAAUUUUGACUUCAAAGGCGACCCCAUCGGCGGCCACAUCGAGAACUACCUGCUGGAGAAGAGCAGGGUCGUGCUGCAGCAGAAGGGCGAGAGGAAUUUCCAUUCAUUCUACCAGUUGCUGGCUGGUGCGAGUGACAGCGAGCUGUCCAAGCUGAAGCUGAAGCGCGAUGUGUCCAAGUAUCACUUCAUCAACCAGGGCGGCAGCCCGCGCGUGGACAGCAUCAGUGACAAGUCCGACUACCGCACCGUCUCGUCAGCCUUCAAAGUCCAGGGCUUCAGCACCGACACUAUCGACGCGAUCUGGCGCACGGUCGCUGCCAUUCUACAUCUCGGAAACGUCGAGUUCAAGCAUGACGGCGAGUCGACGAGCAUCAAAAACAAAGACGCAAUUCGAAAUAUUGCUGAGUUGCUGCGUGUAGAAGAGGAGCAGCUGGUGAAGUCCCUGGUGGGCCGUGUGAUCGCCGCCAGGGGGGAGGUCAUGGAGAAGAACCACACCCAGACCGAGGCGGAGUACGCCAGGGAUGCUUUUGCCAAGGCAAUUUACGAACGUCUGUUCAGCACGAUUGUGUCUAACGUCAACACAGCCAUCCAAGUGAAGGAAGAAGAGCAGUCGUCACGGUACCGCUACAUGACCGUAAUCGGAGUCCUCGAUAUCUACGGCUUCGAAGUAUUCGACCGUAACAGCUUCGAGCAGUUCUGCAUCAACUACUGCAAUGAGAAACUCCAGCAGCUCUUCAUCGAACUGGUCCUGAAGCAGGAACAGGAAGAGUAUCAACGCGAGGGCAUCGAGUGGCAGAGGAUCGAGUACUUCAACAACCAAAUUAUCUGCGAUCUCGUGGAGCAGAAUCACCAAGGCAUCAUCGCCAUCCUCGACGAAGGCUGCCUCAAUGUGGGUAAAGUGACAGACGAAAUGUGCCUGGAGGCCAUGGAAAACAAACUGAAAGGGCACAAUCACUUCACCACCCGAAAACUGUCUCCGUCGGACAAGGAACUGAAACACGUCGAAGAGUUCCGGAUUAAGCAUUACGCUGGCGAUGUCAUCUACAGCAUCAAGGGCUUCUUGGAGAAGAAUAAAGACACGCUUUUCCAGGACUUCAAACGCCUUAUGUAUUCUUCCAAGGAUCCCGUGAUCAGUGGCAUGUGGCCUGAAGGCGCCACGUCCAUCACUGCGACAACAAAGCGGCCUCUCACGGCUGGAACACUCUUCAAGAACUCCAUGAUCUCCUUAGUUAAAACACUGGCCAGCAAAGAGCCGUAUUAUGUCCGUUGUAUUAAACCGAACGAACAAAAGAGUCCGGUGAUCUUCGACGCUGAACGCGUGACACACCAAGUCAAUUACCUUGGCCUCGUUGAAAAUGUCCGCGUUAGGAGAGCUGGAUUUGCUCACCGUCAGCCAUAUGAUCGCUUCUUGCGCCGCUACAAGAUGAUUUCACAGUAUACGUGGCCUAACUUUCACGGUGGAAGUGACAUGCAGGGCACCAAAAUCUUGCUGGAAGAGCAGAACUUCAGUAACGACGUCAUGUAUGGCAAAACCAAAGUCUUCAUUCGCUCCCCACAAACUCUGUUCGCCCUGGAGGAAGGUCGAGCCCGCUUGUUGCCUGGAAUUGUGAUUUUCCUGCAAAAGCUUUGGCGUGGUGCCAUCUGCAGGAUGCAGUAUGAAAAGAUGAAGGCAGCUCUGGUCAUCCUUCGUCAUUAUCGAAAGUACAAAAUGCGUUCAUAUGUUGUGGAUCUCCAGAACGCUUUCCGUGGCGUCAAACAAAUGCGAGACUACGGCAAGAGCGUCCGGUGGCCCAAGCCUCCGGGGCUAUUAAGUCAUGUCGUCAACGACAUCAAGAAAAUCCACUCGCGCUGGCGUGCUCACAUGAUCCUCUCCAAAGUUCCUCGGGAUGAAUGGCCGCAACUUCAACUAAAAGUCACUGCUGGCGAAGUUCUCGCUGGAAAAAGAAGUGACUGGGGAGUACAACAAAAAUGGGAAGGAAAUUACUUAUCCCAGCACAGUGAGAACCCUGCCGCGGCCGUAUUUGUCGACGCCGUGCGUAACAUGCGCAACAAAGACGGCUUCAAAGACGUUGUCUUCUCGACUCUCGUUCUCAAGUACAACAGAAAUAACAAGAUGUGUGAACGAGCUUUGGUAAUCACGGAUAAGCACCUCUACAAACUACACAGCAAAACCUUCAAACCUUUGCGAACGCCCAUUGAGUUUCACGAUGUAACUGGCGUUACUGUCACUGAUGGACAAGAACAGUUGGCAGCCAUUCACCUGAGGGGCGGUAACGACCUCCUCGUCUCACUGAUAUCCAGCAGUCACACUAACCGCAUCGGGGAGCUCGUCGCUGUGCUCAGGCUGCAUUAUCAGAAAAUCAGCGGCCAGGAGCUCAGGGUGAGCGUCAACAAAGUCGUACAGACAAUGCUGGGCAACAAGACUAAAAUGAUCACCGUUGAGGUCAACGAUAUCGCUUCUUUUGCUGCCUUCAAGAAAGGCAAGAAGAGCAGCGACCUAAUCUAUUGCUGGCCGUCAUCCUUCAACAAAGACCUGCCGGCACCCGUCACCAAGACGGCUUCUGUCAACGGCAACCAGCGACACAGCAACGGCACGAGCGGAACAAGGAUGGCUCCCCCCAUCCCGCCAGUGCACUUUAACGGCCCCAAUAACAGUAGCAGCCUGCAUCGCAACGGUCAUUGAAAUUUCUCUUGGAAAUUUCGCUUUUUCAUAACAAAAGAAAUAUUCCUGUGUGAUACACGGCCGUUAAAAAGUAUCUCAACUUCUUUCUGCCGCUUCAUAAAUCUACAAAAUAGUAUCGUUCCUUGGGAUCGCAACUCAAUUUUUCCCAAUGGUGCUGUCGUUUUUACGUCUGAAUUAUUCACCAAUUAGACCAGACUUCACCGCGACGUGAAACACGCAGGGAUGUCGAGCUUCGCCCGUUAACGAGUUAAUUGAAAUGUGACCUUUAUCAAGUGCCUGUGGCUGAAAAAAAUUUGCUUACAAAUGUUUUCUCAUCCGAUUAGAAUUAUUGCUCUAUGAAGGACUAACUUGAUGUGGAUUUUACGUUUUUACUUCAAAUACGAGGGUUUUGUUUAUUGUUUCAAGUAAACUUUACUCUGGAAACAUUACAGAAGGACUUUGCUUAAAUUAUUUUGAUUCAGGCUCUGUAUGUUAUUUUUAAACAAUUUUCCUCUUAUGCAAAUAAAAAUAUUAAUCCAAAUUCAUAAUUUGGAUUAUUCCACAUAGUUGUACCUGCCUUAGAUUUCGUGCUUACUAAUUCAAAGAAAUUAUUCGAAAUUGAACAUCACACUGCGCUUCACAGUACUCUUCUUUCGUGAAUGCAACUUUAACCUAGAUGCAAGAGAGCUCAUACAGUCAAAACAGGGCUCAUUCCAGUGAACAUAACUCAAGCGCACCAUUGAACUUCUGUUUCCAUCAUUUCCAUGUACAUUCCAAAUUCAUUUCGGAAUCUUUAGACUCCUGUUACGUUAACAUGAUUUUCUGAAAUCAUAUUUAAUUUACUGAAUUAGCCUUCGGCUAGGUCAGUUGUGCUGUGUUCAUAAUUAAAUUAUUUAUAAUUUUUCUUUAGCAGAAAAUAUACGUUCUUGCCGUUAUUUAAUAUUAUCGGACCGACUAGUUAAAGCGUAACUCUUCGGCAAGGUUGCCAUGUUUUCAUCAUUUAGUUUACAUAAUAUUUAAUCGUUGAUGAUAUUCGUUUCUGAAAUUUUGAUAAGAAAGUUGUCAGUAAACAACUCUGGAUUUAUGACCUUUUGUUACAUUGCUAGGCUAUUCUUGCCUAAGUGCCUGGUUAUUUGAGCUGCUGUAUUUAGUUGUUACAGGAUAACAAAUUUUCAUGUUUGAUGUUUGAACAAUUCACAGAGCUUGCUCCAACAGGAAUAGAAUUUUGUCUACGAAAAGUCAAGGAUUGUAUUCGUUUUGUUUAAUUAGAUUAACUUGUCAUUUAUAUAUGUGUAUUUCUAUUUGUUUUGAUCUAUAUUUUCAAUCAUAAUUAACAGUUAUUUCUGCUUGUAAAUAGCAUUUUUCGUGUGUAUUGCGUAAACUAAUAGCCAAGAAAUCUGUACAUUUAAUGGUAAUAUUUUUAUUAUUCCGUAGAGUUUAGUGGCUCAAUGUUGUGACCUUUUCUAUGCAUUUUUAUAGAAAGCUUUUAUAUGCAAUUUUUAAUGUGGGUUGCCGACUAGGACGAAAUUUUGUGCCAAGGGUAAGUCGUGUGCGGAUCUAAAAAUCUGCCUAUCGUGAUUGAUUCGUGUAGCCCGUGAUAUAUUCUUCUAAAAAAAGUAAUGAAUCGAUGUGUACUCGGAAAUUUUCAUUUCAAUAAGAACUAAUCGAAUGACUCACUAAUUAUGAUGAAGAUAACCCGGACGAGCUGGAAGCGAUCAGUUUGUGACGAGGUAUGUUGUCUAAAAAUUUUCACGUCGUUUGAGUUUCGACUUUAUAGUGUCUAUGAAAUGUGAUGGCAGAGCCGCAUUUACACGAACUUAUUUUUGAGGUAAAUAAUGCUGCUUUGCCUAUAUUAAUUUCGGGUCGAGCGUGAUGGUUACACAAUCGUUGGAAGAUGAUCAAUUAGCCUCGAUCAUUUUGUGGCAAUACAUAUUCAUGAUAUGUAUUAAGGUUCUAAUUGAAGACGAAGUAUUGUUGAGUUUUGCUGUGUUUUUGAUCGUCUAUUCCCGUGUUUUCUGUGUCAGAGCGCUGUAUUAAUGCGCUCAUUAUUAUUUGCCAUAUAGAAUGAAAUAUAUCGAA